AUGUGUAUUCACACAAGGUUUGAAGAAGUCCCACAACUUGUAACUGGGAUUCCAUUCAAGAUCUACGGUGUGCUGAAACCAAAACUCCUCUCUCCUGAUACUCAGUACUCUGCUUACGUAGUCUACAAGGCAAAGGAUCAAAUUCAAGAUGUCCAAAAAAGCUUUGGAGUUGGAGUGAUUGUACAUGAAACUCCCGAAGGUGCAAAGUGGGAAAGGCUGGAGCUAACGAAGCUAGAGAAGAGGGAAGAUGGGUGGGUAGAGGCAAAGUUUGGAGAACUCUUAAACGAUGGAGGGUUCAUGGAUGAUCGCGAUGAAAUCUGGUUUCGUAUUAGUGAAAUCAAGUACAGUUAUUGGACGCCUGGCUUCAUCAUUCAGGGCAUUGAGUUCCGGCCUGUGAAAAAGGUAUGGUGA